GCCUGGCCUGCCUGCGCCGCCGCCUCGAGGCCCGCGGUUCUGGGCUGGCGAUCACCCUCGGCAAGCCGCAGGAGGUGUUGCCUGGCCUGUGCGGCGAGGGGUCCACCGUCUUCGUCACGCAGGGCGUGGCCACCGAGGAGAAGGAGGACGAGGUGCGGGUCGCCAAGCGCCUGAAGGGCGGCGAGCUGCGGCGGGUGUGGGGCAACACGCUGUACAUGCCAGAGGAUUGCGGGUGCCCCCCGAACAACAUUCCCCUCAUGUUCACCAACUUCAAGAACAAGGCCGAGGGCAGGGGGCGCAUUCGCGAGCCCCUGGAUCCGCCCGCGCGGCUGCCGCCGCUGCCGCAGCCCAGCGCGCCAGAGCCGAAACAGGAACUCGACGCGGCUCUGAAGUUUAUGCCGACCCUGGAGCAAAUGGGCUACGCUGCCGACCAGGCUGAAGAGGCGAAGAAGUUGCUGCCUGAGGACGACCCGCGCGGCGUCAUGGUCUUCGAGGGCGGGGAGGACGCGGCCAUGCGGCGCCUGAAGGAUUGGAUGUGGGACAGCGACCGCCUCAGGGAGUAUUUCGAGAUCCGCAACGGCAUGCUCGGCGAGGGCUACUCCUCCAAGUUUAGUCCGUGGCUUGCGUUGGGCUGCAUUUCACCCCGGCGCAUCUGGAAGGAAGCACAGCGUUACGAGAAGGAGCGCACAAAGAACAAAUCCACAUACUGGCUUGUUUUCGAGUUGACUUGGCGUGACUUCUACGUCUACAUGACCGAAAGCUAUGGCGCGAAGAUCUUCGUGCCAGGGGGUAUCACGGGCGACAAGACUCCGUGGCAUGGCAGCCGUGCGGAUUUGGAAAAGUGGAAGGACGGCCGCACCGGAGACCCGCUUGUGGAUGCCAACAUGCGAGAGCUGAAGGCCACGGGUUUCAUGAGCAACCGCGGCCGCCAGAACGUUGCCAGCUACCUCAUCUUCGACCUCGGGGUGGACUGGAGGUACGGGGCGGCCCACUUCGAGGAGCUCCUCCUGGACCACGACCCCUGCUCGAACUGGGGAAACUGGGUGGCCGCGGCUGGCCUCACCGGCCAGCGCGUGAACAAGUUCAACACGAGGAAACAGCUCAGCGACUACGACCCGAAGCGCGAGUACGUGAACCACUGGCUGAAGGGCGACGGCGGGAAGGUGACGCUCACGCCCGCGGCCGGUCAGGGCGGCGGUCACGAGGGCAAGGGCAGCGCCAGGGGCCAGCCCGGCGGGGGCAAGGGCAGCAAGAGCAAGGGCAAGGGCGCGAAGGGGGACGACAGCGCCAUCAAGAAGCAGCGGCGCUGGGGGAGGGACCAGUGGAGCGAGUCGCUGCAGGGCGCUUGA